UCAAUUUGUUUUCAUUCAUGUUGCGAAAGAGCAGUGUACAUUGUAAAACAAUAUUAUUUAUUUGUUAUAUCGCUAUCUGGCGCAAAUUAAUAUUAAACUAACAUACCUAUAAAUCUGCCGCACACGUACUUUUUAUAAAGUCAAAAGACAUGGUGUGAAUUCGAAACAUCGUAGAUAAGGAAAACAAAACAUCCCAUUUCCUUUCUAUCAUCGAGUUCAUGAUUAUGAUAAAAUGAGCAACUCGUCGACAUCGAUUGCUGAUGGAACUGCUAGUUCUAUUAGCAACAUAGAAACUACAUCGGAUACCGCUCAAUUAUUAAGCCACGAAGAUGCAAGCACUUCUAAUUACACGCAGCUUAACAGAUCUGUGCCAUAUGAGGACUCUGAUGAUGAUCAAUUUCAUGGUAGCCAUGGAAUUAGGAGGCGACAAGCUCAACAGAAAAUUGAACCUGGAUCUAUGAAUGUUCUCUCAGCUAAAUACGAAAGUUUAGAUUAUGACACAUGUGAGAACCACCUACUUCUUGAUGAGGAGAGGAAACGAGGCUAUGCUUUUAUUGUGUGGAAAGAUAUUGCCAGAUGGUUCAUAAUAUUACUGAUUGGAAUAGUAACAGCUCUGAUAGCAUUUUUCAUAGACAUAUGCAUAGAAGAAUUCUCAAAGAUCAAAUAUAGAGAGCUGAAGAAAUCUGUGGACAAAUAUGUUUUAGAAGACAAACUGUACAUUCCUUAUUUGCUGUGGGUGUUAUCAAACAUUUGCAUUGUGUUUAUUGGAUCUAUGCUGGUUGCAUAUGUCGAGCCUGUAGCAGCUGGCAGUGGUAUUCCUCAAGUCAAAUGUUACUUAAACGGAGUGAAGGUGCCGCGAGUGGUUCGGAUCAAGACGCUUAUCGUGAAAGCGGUCGGUGUUAUCACAGCUGUCGUCGGCGGACUGGCUGGUGGCAAGGAAGGGCCUAUGAUCCACAGUGGAGCUGUGGUAGCGGCGGGUAUAUCUCAAGGCAAGAGCACGACCUUCAACAAGGACUUCAAGAUAUUCCAGUACUUCCGCGAGGAUCACGAGAAACGUGACUUUGUAUCGGCGGGGGCGGCCGCCGGUGUGUCCGCGGCUUUCGGCGCUCCUAUCGGUGGAGUACUGUUCUCUCUUGAAGAAGGAACAAGUUUCUGGAACCAGGCGCUGACAUGGCGAACUUUCUUCGGCACUGUGGUUUCUACGUUCACAUUAAACUGCGCUCUGUCAGCGUAUCAUGGAAGGGCGGGAGAACUCAGCUUUCCUGGUCUCCUGAAUUUAGGCAAGAUGGAACCAUUUCCAUUUCAAUUCUAUGAGCUGCCCGUGUUCAUGUUCUUUGGUGCGGUCGGCGGAAUGCUGGGAGCUUUGUGGAAUUACAUCAAUUACAGACUAGCUGUGUUUAGGAUAAGGUACAUUGGAACUCCUUGGUUGCGAGUAGUGGAGGCAUGUCUCGUGGCGGCCGCGAGUGCUACUUGUGGGUUCUUAAUGAUGUUCCUUCUCGACGACUGUAGACCUUUAGGAGAGGAUCCUACUAAAGUGCCUUUGCAGCUAUUCUGCGCGGACGGUGAAUACAACGCUUUAGCAGCUAUUUGGUUUCAAACGCCCGAAGCCUCAGUUCGAUCAUUCCUCCACGACCCAAUUGGAUCUUAUAAACCAUGGUCCAUACUGGCAUUCGUCGCUUGCUACUUCCUAUUAUCUGCCUGGACAUUCGGUCUGUCAGUGUCGAGUGGGCUCUUUAUACCGAAUCUGUUAACGGGUGCCGCCUGGGGAAGAAUGCUUGCGAUUAUCAUACAGUAUAUGCUGCCUUCUAAUACAAUUAACCCAGCGAAGUACGCGCUGAUUGGAGCCGUUUUUUUACUAGGUGGUGUAGUGCGCAUGACUAUAUCAUUGACAGUCAUCAUCAUCGAGUUUUUUUGGCAGAUCUCCAACGCGUUGCCCAUCAUAAUCACACUGGUCGUCGCUAAAUGUUUUUUUGACUUCUUUAAUGAAGGCAUCUACGACAUACACAUCCAAUUGGCAGGAGUGCCCCUCCUGCCUUGGGAGCCCCCGCCGCUAGCUCACAACUUGUACGCAUCAGAAGUUAUGUCACACCCUGUAUUCACUCUGAGAACUGUGGAGAACGUCGGCCAUAUUGUCGAGCUGCUAAAACUUGUUUCCUACAACGGAUUCCCUGUUGUUGAUCCACCUUUAGCUGAUGAUGUGGAAGUAACAACGUACAAGCGACUAAGAGGCAUGAUACUACGUUCUCAACUAAUUGUACUGAUACAGAAUAAGCUUUACAACGAGAACGCCAACACGACCUGGUCGAAUUUCAACGUGGAUAUGAACAUGUUCAGAAAGGAAUAUCCACGGUUUCCUUCUAUUGACGAGUUAGACGUAGCAGAAUGGGAGAAGACAUGCACGAUAGACUUGCGACCGUUCAUGAAUCCCUCGCCUUACACUCUGCCGCAUCGAGCGUCAUUGCCGCGUCUCUUCAGAUUGUUCCGAGCGCUCGGACUAAGGCAUUUGCCUAUAGUCAAUGAUGUCAAUGAGGUCGUUGGCAUGGUAACCCGCAAGGAUAUUGCGAGAUAUCGAGUAUGGCGACAUCGCGGCCAUAUGGGAAUGGAGGAAUUGAUACUUUCUAGUGAAAUUUAACAUAAUACUAUAAUGCACACGUGUCCGACCGAAGCAUCAUCAGUGACGAGUUCUUUCAGCCAAAAUUGUACCACGGACAUUCGAUUGGGAAUAAAUCUUAUGAAGACUUAUGAAACAAGUUUAGUGUUGUUUUGACUAGAGGCAGUAUUGUUACCCUGUCUAAUACCAGUAUGUUUGAAAAAAUCAAGUGAAGUUUGAAUGCAGUUUAGAAAGUAUGAUAAUAAUUGCACGUGCCCGUAACACUCGCAUGACUGCUAGAUUGUAACAUCACUCUUUUCCCAAAGUAUUUCAUUUGCUUGUAUUAUGAAGUGUCAUUUAAUUAGUUAUAGAAGUCACGACAUAGAUUAGUAUCUACAAUACUGGAUAAAACAAAUGCCAUGUCGAUUACUUUCUUCAAACUAUGUAUCUCGGUCGGACAUUUUGCUAUAGAAAUAAUUUUAGUGAAAUUGGCAAGAUUUUUUAUUUUUUUACUUAAUCAUAGCUAAGAAUUUAUAUUUUCAUUAAGUACAGCUUUAUUAUUUCGUUGUACGUGUAUUCGACGCCAAAUAUUAGGUCUGUGGAGUAGACAGAUAAUAAAUAAUUAAUGCCUAAUCAAAAUAGUUGAUGAAUUUGGGUCUUAGGAAAUUAUGAAGUAUUUAUGAAUAGUAAGUAGUAUUUGUUUGUUUAUCACUUAGUUGUUAUACUAUGUAUUAUUAUUGUAGUCCUUAUCAAUAGAAUUGUAGUAGUGGCCGGUGCAGAUGAAUCCUGCAAUAUUUAUGUAUUUAAAAUAAUUACCUACUGUAUCUCUUAACAGAUUCCUGCAAUAUUCAAAGAUCUAACUUUUAUGUCAUUUGUAAUCGUGGACAAUAGUUUUCUUCUCUGCUCAGGUCUUUAGCUCACAUUUAGUUUAAAAGUUAUCAAACGAAAUCCCAUUUAAAGUUAGAGAAUCACAUAUGUUUUUAGUUAUCUGACCCAUCACUUGGUAGUAAAAAUAUGCAGUAUGAUAGAUAUUCUUAUGUAGUUAAAAAUUAUGGCAUAAUACAUGUAUAUUUCCUAAUGAAUGUGAUAUUCUUGUUAAGAUGAGACAUGUACUUGAAAAUUGCAUAAAAUUGUGAUGCAAUCAAUAUGAAUAUGAAAAUAAUUAUGAUGUAUCGUUUAUUAUGACACUAUUGUGAUUAUUUAUAAGGCUAAGAUUAUUUAAUUGUGUUAUUAAUAAAAGUGUUUAUAUGGAAAAUAUUUAUUUUUUCUUCGUAACUCACAUAAUCCUUAACAUAAAAUUAGUUUAAAUAAACAAAGUUAUUUAUAACAUGGUCUUCGAGGCGAUAUCGCUUCAUUGAAUUGUUUAUUAUAUUAUUUUCUUCUUCUGAAGUUCAGCUAGUUGUUUUCAAACAAUUCCCAGCCAAUGCCAGACCAUAAAUUGAAGAACAAAAUCACUGGUAAUACAACCAAAAGUAUCAGUAAGUAGUUAACAAACUCAUCCAUUAUAGUAUUGGCUUCCGCAGCUCUAAAAUGAAUUAAAAUUAUUCAUUGAAUUGAAUAAUUACUCUUCAUAUCAAUAACAUAACCUAAAAGUUUGACGCAUGUUUUGACAAUCGCUUG